AUGUCUUUUUUUUUCUUUCAGGCAUGCCAAACUGACGGUGAUUUUGCGGCCUCCAGCAGCUUUAGUGUUCUGUUGUGUUCUUUGCAGGGUAACGAAUCAUGCACCCAGGUUGAGCACAAAAGUGUUUGUAGCACAGCAGUUCAGUGCAAACCGCCCAUGACUUCACGCCAUAGUGGAUUUGACCACAGAACUAGCUGCUUCACUGGCUAUCAAAGUGUCAAACAGUGCGCGCCUGCUGUCAGGGACCUGUGUGGAGUGACACUAGAUGUGUUUGCUCUACUAAUGAGCAUAAUGCCAGCCUGUGCAGAGCGUAGCUGUGACAUUCCAGUAGCAGACAGGGUUUUGAUGUUUCUGAUGAAGCUUAAGCUGGGCAUCAGCUAUUCAUCUCUCGCAGUACUCUUUUCAGUGAGUCGAAAUACAGUGUCGCGCCACUUUAAUAGUGUCCUGAGAACUCUGAGAACUGCCACCCAGAAGUGGAUUUUUCGUCCCCCAGCUCAUGUAAUAAUGAAAACAAUGCCCGAGUGCUUCAAAGAAAACUACCCAGGCUGUUCAAUGAUAAUAGACUGUACCGAGGUGCGUACAGAACAGCCUAGCACUGUGCAGCAGCAACGAGUUCUUUACUCCCACUAUAAAGGAGGAUAUACUCUAAAGUUUCUUGUGGGCAUUACCCCGUGUGGUGCAGUUUGCUUCUGCUCAAAGGCCUACGGUGGAAGAUGUUCUGAUGCAUACAUCACUGUAGAUUCUGGAUUUUUAGACUUAGUGCAGCCAGGGGAUGUGGUCAUGGCUGACAAAGGAUUUCCGGGGAUAAAGUCUGGGUUGGAACAGGUACAAGCUGUGUUGGUGAUGCCUCCCUUUCUACAAAACAGUGACCAGUUCAGUGAGAGGGAGGUAACAGAGACGUACAAUAUUGCACAGGUUCGUAUUCAUGUUGAAAGAUUGAUCCAGAGAAUUAAGUGUUACAAUAUCCUUAAUACUAGAGUGCCCACAGAGCUGAUCUCGGCAAUGAGUGACGUGUUUCAUGUAUGCUGUGUUCUUGCUAACUUGCAGCCUCCAAUCAUUCGUGAAAGGGGGUCUGCAGGUGAAAGCGUGUAAUAUUAUAUUUUGAUGUGUUAAAUUCAUGACUCCGAUCUCAGACUGUUAUGCUUACUAGGUUUCGAGCUUAUUUAAGUCUUAUAUAAACCAAACAUAGUGAUGAAGGCGUAUGUGUGAAGUUCCAUUGAAUGUAUGCGAGUGUUUGUGUUUAAAAGCUAGUACUGUAUAGUUACUAGGCCAGUUCUGUGAAGUUAUUUGCCAGACUGCAUUCUUUCUAAAAGGAAUGUUAAGCUAUCAAUCUUGUAAGUCAUGCCUUGCAAUGUAAAUAAAAUUUCCUAUGUGUUCUUUUGAAUCUGCAGUGUUCUGCCAUUUAAUUAUUUUAUGUGGGUGUAGUAAAUACAAAUGACUGGCUGUACACAUACCAACUAAUGAUUCCUACAAGAUAUAUUUUUCAAAAUUUUCAUAAAAGAAGAGUUCGGAGUUUGGAAGUGUGCCUCUAAGAACAGCUGUGUAUAAGCAUACUAGGUUUGG